AUGGGUAACGCCAGUGCGAAAGCAGUAGAAGUGAAAGUGCCAGAUGUUCCGGCACCGGAUAAUACGGAAAAGCCAAAAUUGAAACCAUGCUGCGCUUGCCCAGAGACGAAAAGAGCGCGUGAUGCAUGCAUUAUUGAAAAUGGAGAAGAAAAUUGCGGCCCUCUAAUAGAAGAGCACAAGGCCUGCAUGAGGAAAAUGGGUUUUAACAUU